AUGGCAAAUGAAACUUUUCUAAAAAAUGUUGACAGCUUUAUAAUCACUGGAUUUGAUCACCUGCAGAACCAAAAGCUCUUUGGAUCUCUCAUCUUGAUAUCCUACAUGCUUUUAUUGCUUGGGAACAGCAUUAAUCUGUGUAUCAUCUCGACUGACAGACAUUUACACAAACCAAUGUACAUAUUAAUCUGUAAUCUAGCUGUUGUUGAUGUAAUGUACUCCUCGACCUGCAGCACAACCAUGAUCUCAGUGCUGCUGGCUGAGAUUAAAACGGUUUCAUACUACUCUUGUAUCUCCAGAACAUACUUCUUUAAUCUUGGAGAUUUAACCGAGUCCAUGGCUCUGACUUUAAUGGCAUUAGACAGACUUAUUGCCAUUAGGCUUCCUUUAAGGUAUAACAGCAUUGUAACAAACUCACGAAUAAUAUGGCUUAUUUUUCUCACCUGGGUCUUCAGUUUUGCUGCUGUAGGUUAUUUGAUAUCAGUGAUAGACCGUAUACCAUACUGUCAGCCUGUCAUCAAAUACGUGUUCUGUAGUUAUUCCUCUCUGGUCAGAGCUGCCUGUGUUGAUCCUGAACCUUAUUUUGCCAUUUCUACAGUGUUUAGCAUUGGGCCAUUUUGCGGACAGUUUGCCUUUAUUCUGUGCACUUAUGCUUUUCUGGCAUAUAGUGUGACUAAACUGUCCCACUCAAGCAGAAAACAAAUGAUCAACACUUGCUUGAGUCAUAUUAUUGUCCUGUUCAGUUAUUAUGCACCAAAGAUUGUCUAUAUUUUACUAACUAGAAUAGGACUUGUGUUGACUUUAACAGAGCGAAAUGCCAUUUUGAUUGUGUCCACUCUAGUUCCUCUUUUAAUAAACCCCACUGUUUAUUGCACCAGGACUAAAGAAAUCAGAAAAAGAUUAACAGAUGUAUUCUUGUGCACAAAAAAUAGUACCAAAUAA